AUGUCUGAAUACGGCUCUUCCCAAUUUCUCUCCCGCGGACUGAAGCUCUUCGCCAUCUUCUCCAUGUUCACCGGAACAGUCGAUGUAAUUGCUGGCCAUAAACUCGUUAUACCCGAAUCUGAGCGAGCUCUCCUCCCGACCCCAACCCUCGCCUUCGUGGACAACCAGCUUCGCUUCUUGGGAGCAAUCUGGAGUGGAUAUGGAAUGAUUCUCUGGUGGGCUAGUAGCAAUCUCCAGACGAGAAAAGUGCCCCUUUCUUUACUCGGAACUGCCAUGUUCUUGGCUGGUAUUGGUCGCUUGACUUCAGGGCUGAGUCUGGGCUGGACUCCAUCGUGGCUCAAGAUUGCCGCUGCUGUGGAGCUCGUCGUCCCUCCUUUGAUCUACUUUUUUGGAUUCUAA